AUGAUGACUCCAAAGCUCAGCUGGCUCACGCUGGGAAGCUGCCUGGUGGCAUCCACCUUGGGGCAGACAUAUGUGGUAGACAUUCCUGCUGAGGAGUCUGCUGCUCUUGCCACCAUUGUUGAGGAUAUCCCGCCCCCAGUUAUCAAAGCCAGGCAGAUUGCUCAGAAGAGUCCCACCUACUCCCAGAUCUAUCAGGUUCCCCUACCAAUCCCUCCAAAGAAGGAGCCAAAGAAAAUUGUGACAAACCCCGUGACUGGCAAGGACAUUUGGUAUUAUGAAUUCGAGAUCAAGCCUUUCCAGCAGCAGGUCUACCCAAACUUGUCACCAGCGAGACUUAUAGGCUAUGACGGCAUUGCGCCAGGCCCAACUAUUGUUGUUCCGAGAGGAACCGAGUCCGUUGUUCGCUUUAUGAACCAAGCGGACCGUGAGAACUCGGUCCAUCUCCAUGGUUCUCCAUCACGGGCUCCUUUUGACGGCUGGGCCGAGGACAUCACCCGUCCUGGAGAAUAUAAGGAUUACUACUAUCCUAAUUACCAAAGUUCAAGACUUCUGUGGUAUCACGAUCAUGCUCUUGGUAUUACUGCCGAGAACGCCUACUUUGGCCAAGCGGGUGCUUAUCUUAUCACUGACCCGGCGGAGGAUGCUCUCGGUCUUCCGUCUGGCUACGGUGAAUUUGAUAUCCCGUUGAUUUUGUCUUCCAAGUUCUAUAACGCCGAUGGAACCUUGAAAUCGACGGCAGGGGAGACUGACAGUACAUGGGGCGAUAUCAUUCACGUGAACGGCCAGCCAUGGCCAUUCAUGGAUGUCCAGCCUCGAAAGUAUCGUUUUAGGCUUUUGAAUGCUGCUGUAUCCCGAAGCUUUUCCCUCUACCUGGCAGCUACCGGCACAACAACCAAGAUCCCCUUCCAGGUGAUCGCAUCAGACGCUGGGUUGCUCGAAAGUCCUGCCACGGUCUCUGAUUUGUAUCAGUCGAUGGCCGAACGCUACGAGAUUGUUAUCGAUUUCUCAGGCUUCGCCGGAAAAUCCAUUGAACUCCGCAACCAGGUCAAGGUUGGCGGUAUCGGCACAGACGUCGACUACACCAACACUGAUAAAGUUAUGAAGUUCAAUGUGGGUCCUGGCCCAGUCAACGACCCAUCUACUGUACCGGCUAGUCUUCGCAAGGUCCCGUUCCCGAAGUCUACCACUGAGAUCGAUCACCACUUCCGCUUCCACAGGAGCAACGGAGAGUACCAGAUCAACGGUGUGGUCUUUGAGGACGUCCAAAACCGCGUGCUCGCCAAGGUCCCCCGUGGCACGGUUGAGAUCUGGGAGCUCGAAAACAGCUCUGGCGGUUGGACCCACCCUAUCCACGUCCAUUUGGUUGACUUCAGAGUCUUGAAGCGAACUGGCAGCAAGCGUUCGGUUGAAACCUAUGAGUCCAAGGGAUUGAAGGACGUCGUCUGGUUGGCUAAAGGCGAGACUGUUCUGGUGGAAGCCCACUAUGCUCCGUGGGAUGGGCUAUACAUGUUCCAUUGCCACAACCUCAUUCACGAGGAUCAUGAUAUGAUGGCCGCCUUCAACGUCACGGAUCUGGUUGGUCUUGGCUACAACGAAGCAACUGACUAUUCGGACCCAAUGGAUGCACGCUGGAGAGCCAAGCCAUACGAUAGGGCAGACUUUGUGGCCCGCACCGGCAUCUUCACCGAUCAGGCUAUCGUCACCAAGGUCCAGCAAUUGGCCCUUGAACAGCCCUAUAGUGAGCUCACAGCCGUUGAACAGGCGCUUACCGACUACUACACCAAGAAUGGUGCAGGGAAUCCCAAUAGCCCGGUGAAGAUCAAGCGUGAUCCUGAGUCUGCUGGCACGAUUCCCCGUUUCCGCCGCUUCCAGGCCUAG